AUGUUUCUGAAAUAUUUGCUCCUCUUGAUACUUUUUUUCAGUUUUGAUAACAGCAGCAUCAUCGCUUCAUCCAUUCUUCCGCCUCAUCAGCAGCAUCUUCGUACUUCUAAUGCCGUUUAUUACGAACAUAACAACGAUGGUGGCGGCGAUAACAACAGCAACAACUACAGCAAUAAUAAUAACUAUUAUGACCUGGAACAGGAAAGCAUGGAAAUCAAGAGCCAGCCAGGACAUACGUUCAGUGAGCUUUCAAAUAGAAUUGGUCAUCGCACCAAGUUAGCUUUCUUGAACGAUCAUUUGAUUCGAAGAGCUAGGAGUGGUAAUGAAAAAAGAAAAAAUAACUGGGCGCAAGGAAAUAUGGCAGUUUGGGGUUGA